UUUAUUAUUAAAGUGCAUGCUUCUUUACGAUUUACAUCAAUUCUGCCCUUUUUCUUUAAAAAAUGCCGCUUGCGCUUCCUCCUCUCAAAAUACAAAAACUCCAGUCAGGCAUUUCUACAUUUAUUUAUCUUGCCCUUUACUUGCCCUUUAUGGCUAUAUACAGUCAGAUUUUAUAAGAUACCCCCUAAUCUCUUUAAAAAUUGUCGCUUUUAAUGAGGUGUAUAUUAAAUAGAGGUUAAUGGUUAUACAGCUCUUUCACCCAACAGUCAGAAUCUAAAGAACCGUAUCUUAAAUAGAGGGGUAUCUAACAAGGCUGGGCUGAAUGACGUUUUGGCGCUAUUUUUGGCGUUUUGUCGUUUGGCGUUUCUUAAAAAUUUGAAAAUUUGAGUUGAAAAUUUGAAAAUUUGAGGUCCCCCCCCCUCCAUUUUUGGCGCACAGCCCUGCUAUCUGAUAUAAAUAAGUUAUUAUAUCGAAGGUGUAUAUUAAAUAGAGGUCCAACCCUUGGCCAUAUCUAUUUUCUUCAAAAAAAUUUUUCCCCAAUUUUCUCUUUCAACUGAUCGUCCUCUUUUGGUGACAGCCUCUACCUCCCUAUAUGCUUUACACUCUCUUUUCCUCUUUUUAAUUAAGCAACAUUUUCUUUUAUUUUUUUAUUUACAAAUCACUAGGCCUGCGCAACAUGCCCUUUUAACGUUUGUGAAUUUUUUUUAUUUCCAAAAUAUUUUAUUUUUCAUUUUUAAUAUUCU